AUGACUCCGCCGCCACCCCAGCCACCGCCCCCAGGUCCGAUCCCCACCGCAGACUCCGCUGCUGACCCCCGUCCCGGUCCUGGACCACUGGUCGUACUGUUCGGGGCCACGGCCGGAGCGCUGGGGCCGGACCUGGGCUCCGACGAAACUGACUUAAUCCUCCUAGUCUGGCAAGUUGUGGAGCCGCGGAGCCGCCAGGUGGGGACAUUGCAUAAGUCACUGGUUCGCGCUGAGGUGGUCGCACUGAGCCCGCAGUGCCGCGAGGCGAGCGGCCUGAGUGCCGACAGUCUGGCGCAGGCCGAGCCGCUGGACAAGGUGCUGCAGCAGUUCUCACAGCUGGUGAGCGGGGAUGUGGCUCUGCUGGGCGGGGGCCCCUACACGCUCUGUACUGAUGGGCAGCAGCUGCUUCGACAGGUCCUGCAUCCUGAAGCCUCCAGGAAGAACUUGGUGCUCCCCGACACCUUCUUCUCCUUCUACGACCUUCGCAGAGAGUUCCAUGUGCAGUACCCGAGCGCCCGCCCUGCCAGGGACCUCACCGUGGCUACCAUGGCACAGGACUUGGGACUGGAAACAGAUGCCACAGAGGAUGAUUUUGGGGUCUGGGAAGUGAAGACAAUGGUAGCUGUCAUCCUCUACCUGCUCGAAGGGCCCAGUGGUCAAUUGUUUUCGAAGCCCGAAGUGGUAAAGCAGAAAUAUGAGACAGGGCCUUGCUCUGACUCUGUGCCCUGCCCCUACAGUAGCAAGGCUGACAUGGUGGACAGUGAGACUGUGGUUCGGGCCCGAGGGCUGCCCUGGCAGUCAUCAGACCAGGACGUGGCUAGAUUCUUCAAAGGGCUCAACAUCGCCAGGGGCGGUGUAGCACUGUGCCUGAACGCCCAGGGCCGCAGAAAUGGUGAGGCCCUCAUCCGCUUUGUGGACAGCGAGCAGAGGGACCUAGCACUGCAGAGACACAAGCACCACAUGGGUGUCCGCUAUAUCGAGGUGUAUAAAGCAACAGGAGAGGAGUUUGUAAAGAUCGCAGGGGGCACAUCACUAGAGGUGGCUCGUUUCCUGUCACGGGAAGACCAAGUGAUCCUGCGGCUGCGGGGACUGCCUUUCUCGGCUGGGCCAGCAGAUGUGCUAGGCUUCCUGGGGCCAGAGUGUCCAGUGACUGGGGGUGCUGAUGGGCUGCUCUUUGUGCGCCACCCUGACGGCCGGCCCACUGGUGAUGCCUUUGCCCUCUUUGCCUGUGAGGAGCUGGCACAGGCUGCACUACGCAGGCAUAAGGGCAUGCUGGGUAAGCGAUACAUUGAACUCUUUCGGAGCACUGCAGCCGAGGUGCAGCAGGUCCUGAACCGCUAUGCAUCCAGCCCACUCCUUCCCACACUGACUGCUCCGCUGCUGCCCAUCCCCUUCCCAUUGGCCCCUGGAACUGGGAGAGAUUGUGUACGCCUCCGAGGCCUGCCCUACACAGCCACCAUCGAAGACAUCCUGAGCUUUCUGGGGGAGGCAGCGGCUGACAUUCGGCCCCAUGGUGUGCACAUGGUACUCAACCAGCAGGGCCGGCCAUCAGGUGAUGCCUUCAUCCAGAUGACAUCAGCAGAGCGGGCCCUAGCUGCUGCUCAGCGUUGCCAUAAGAAAGCAAUGAAGGAACGUUAUGUGGAGGUGGUCCCCUGCUCCACAGAGGAGAUGAGCCGAGUGCUGAUGGGUGGCACCUUGGGCCGCAGUGGCAUGUCCCCUCCACCCUGCAAGCUGCCCUGCCUCUCACCGCCUGUCUACGCCACCUUCCAGGCCACCCCAACACUCAUUCCCACUGAGACGGCAGCUCUGUAUCCCUCUUCAGCACUGCUCCCGGCUGCUAGGGUGCCCGCUGCCCCCACCCCUGUUGCCUACUACCCAGGGCCAGCCACUCAACUCUACAUGAACUACACAGCUUACUACCCCAGCCCCCCAGUCUCUCCCACCACUGUGGGCUACCUCACCACACCCUCUGCUGCCUUGGCCUCUGCUCCCACCUCAGUGUUGUCUCAGCCAGGAGCCCUGGUCCGUAUGCAGAGUGUCCCGUACACAGCUGGUAUGAAGGAUCUGCUCAGCGUCUUCCAGGCCUACCAGCUAGCCCCUGAUGACUACACCAGUCUGAUGCCGGUUGUUGACCCACCUCGCACUGUGCUACAGGCCCCCAAAGAAUGGGUGUGUUUGUAGGUGAGGGAUCCAGGAGGUAAGAGCUGGCUGAUGUCCUCAGCUAACAGGUCUCUCCUGCAUCCAGAGAACCAGGACCCUCAACCUGGUGGCUUCUUUCUGGCUUGUCAAAAUUCUCAGAAGGCACCAUGAGGAGCUCAAGCCCCAGCUCCAUUCCCCACUUACUGCCCUACCUGUUUACCGCAAAGAUGAUGGCUGGACCCUGCAUGCAGGGCUUGGGGUGGAAUGGCGCUACCCUGCUCCCAGUGGUCUGAUCUGGGCCUCUUAGGUAGAACCCAGAGAGCCAUUGGUCUGUUCUGGCUAUGGCCCAUGCCUACAGAAUCUGUAGGGCUGAUGUCCACAGCAGGCUUGCUUUCUUUUUAAAAAUGUGAGCCCUGGUGCCUUCAAUGUAUGACUCCAGGGAGCUUCUGAGUAAAGAUCCCAAUGUUCUACCUUCCCCUGUCCUUUCUGGUGGGGGACAGGGAGGCAGAGAGUGCUGGCCCCAGCCCCCAUGAUACUUGGAUCUCGGUGGCCACAUUGUGCCAGAGAUGGCCCCACCUGAGGAUGCUAGCCCUCCAGCUUGGCACAAGGAGUUAUCAGAUGGCAAAAUCACAGGCUGUUUUGAUGGACUGUACUGCAGUAUCCCCAGAGGACACUAGGGGGCAGGAGGCCCUCACAAAAAAACUCAGGCUUGACUUAAAGGGGAUUUUCUGCCUACUUUUCAUGCACACCUUGGGCAGGCCAGUUGUCCUGAACUCAGCAGACACCUUGGAAUGCCCUUUGCACUCAUUAGAGGGUGCAGAACUGAAGCUUCUGAAGGAAUUUGGAACUCUACCCUCUCCUCCGUAAAAUAAACAAAGGUUCCUAACCAAGUGGACUUUUUAAAAGCCAAAGUGCCCUUCACUUUGGCUCAGAGUGAGGGGCUCCACACCAGCCCCAGGCAGAGGAAAACUCAGGCAGAUUUCAAGAAGAUUGUUGACCUGUCACCGUUUAUUAUUUCAGCACUGUAACUGAGGAGCCUGAAUUGCUGGCUCUUCUUCCCUUUGUAUUUGUGUAAGGAGCACUGUACUCCUAUAAAAGGUUUUAAAAUACAGACUGUACAAGAAAACACAA